GGCAUGUGCUGACAGGGGAUUUCAUUGCUCGGCUGGGCAGACUCGAGAAGGACUUGAGGGAAACAGCAGUGUGAGCACACACUGGGCCCAAGAACUGGGUCCAUGCUUUGGCUGAUGGCUUCCCAGGUUCAUGAACCUGCUGGGCCCCGAGCAGCUGGUCCUCUUUGAGUGCCGAGUGGGUGAAAGGGGGUGGUAGAUAAGACAGAGGAACAGAGAGAAGAAAGAGAGAAAAAGUGUGCGUUUUUGAGCACUUGGGAUUGGAACUCAGAAAGAACCUUUAACAGGGGGUGGGGAAGACAGAAAAAAAAAAAAAAAGACUCCCAGACAGAACGACUGGGACAGUCAGAGACAAUGCUAGCAGUCUAGGAAGAGAAGAAAGGAAGGAUGGAUAAGUCAGAAAAAGAGAGCUCAAAAGAAAAGCAGGAGACACACAGAGACGCAGGGAAGACAGCAGCAAACCAAGGGCUGGUGAUGGACGCUAAGGCAGCCACCGCCCGCCGUCCUGGGAUCACCCCAACUCCCGGAACUUCCUGCUUGAUUCCCCUGCUGCUCCUGGGGACGCUGACGGCAGGCCUGGCCCCAUCACCAGUCCCUACCUCCGCUCCCCGAGGCUUCUGGGAUCUGUCUGAAAACCUGACGGCCGUGGAAGGGACAACAGUUAGGCUGAGGUGUGGGGUCAGGGCCCCCGGCAGUGUGGUGCAGUGGGCUAAGGACGGGCUGCUGCUGGGCCCCAACCCUAGGAUCCCAGGUUUCCCAAGGUACAGCAUGGAAGGAGAUCCUGCCAAAGGUGAAUUCCACCUGCUCAUCGAAGCCUGCGACCUCAGUGACGACGCGGAGUAUGAAUGUCAAGUCAGCCGCUCGGCCGUGGGGCCUGCCUUCGUGUCUCCCAAAGUAAUCCUCUCCAUCCUGGUUCCCCCCAGGGUGGUUCGGUUGACCCCGGAGGCAGGAAGCACGGUUACCUGGGUAGCUGGUCAGGAGUACGCGGUCACCUGUGUGUCUGGGGACGCCAAACCAGCACCUGACAUCGCCUUCUUCCAGAGUGGACGAGCUGUAUCCGACGUGUCCUCUACGGAGAACGAGGGGUCCGAGGAGAAGCUCUUCACCACAGAGGCCGAAGCCAGGGUGACCCCGCAGAGCUCGGAUAACGGGCAGUUACUGGUCUGUGAGGGGUCCAGCCCGGCUUUGGACACUCCCAUCAAGGCUUCAUUCACCAUGAAUGUUCUGUUCCCCCCGGGCCCUCCUGUCAUCGAUUGGCCGGGCCUGGAGGAGGGGCACGUCCGGGCAGGGGAGAGCGUGGAGGUGCCCUGUACGGCCCGAGGCGGAAACCCACCCGCCACGCUGCAGUGGCUGAAGGACGGCAAGCCAGUGUCCACAGCUUGGGGCACAGAGCACGCGCAGGCGGUGGCGCGCAGCGUGCUGGUGAUGGCCGUGCGGCCUGAGGACCACGGAGCUCGGCUCAGCUGCCAGUCCUACAACAGCGUGUCAGGGACCCAGGAACGGAGCAUCACGCUGCAGGUCACCUUCCCCCCCAGCGCCGUGACCAUCCUGGGCUCUGUGUCACAGUCUGAGAACAAGAACGCGACCCUCUGCUGCCUCACCAAGUCCAGCCGCCCACGGGUCCUGCUGCGGUGGUGGCUGGGGGGACGGCAGCUGUUGCCCACGGAUGAGACAGUCAUGGAUGGCCUGCAUGGCGGCUACAUCUCCAUGUCCAAUCUGACACUCUUGAUGAGGAGGGAGGACAACGGCCUGUCCCUCACCUGCGAGGCCUUCAGCGAGGCCUUCAGCAAGGAGACCUUCAAGAGGUCGCUCACCCUGAAUGUGAAAUACCCUGCCCAGAAGCUGUGGAUUGAGGGACCCCCAGAGGGCCAGGACCUCCGGGCUGGGACUCGGGUGAGGCUGGUGUGCCUGGCCAUUGGAGGCAACCCAGACCCCUCUCUCACCUGGUUUAAGGACUCGCGCACGGUGAGCGAGCCCCGGCCGCCGCAGCAGCCCCGGCGAGUGCAGCUGGGCAGCGUGGAGAAGUCGGGCAGCACCUUCUCCCGCGAGCUGGUGCUCAUCGCAGGCCCCUCGGACAACCGGGCCAAGUUCUCGUGCAGGGCGGGUCAGCUGAGCGCGUCCACGCAGCUGGUGGUGCAGUUCCCCCCCACCAACCUGACCAUCCUGGCCAACUCGUCGGCGCUGCGCCCGGGCGACGCCUUGAACUUGACCUGCGUGAGCGUCAGCAGCAACCCCCCGGUCAACUUGUCUUGGGACAAGGAGGGAGAGAGGCUGGAGGACGUGGCCGCGGGCCCCCUGAGCGCGCCCUUCAAAGGCUCCGCCGCGGCCACGAGUGUUUUCCUUCGGGUGUCGUCCCGGGACCACGGCCAGCGGGUCACCUGCCGGGCCCACAGCACGGCGCUCCGCGAGACAGUGAGCUCCUUCUACCGCCUGCACGUGCUGUACCCCCCGGAGUUCCUGGGGGAGCAGGUGCUGGCGGUGACGGCGGUGGAGCAGGGCCAGGCGCUGCUGCCCGUGUCGGUGUCGGCCAACCCCGCGCCGGAGGCCUUCAACUGGACCUUCCGAGGCUACCGCCUCAGCCCAGGGGGCGGGCCCCGGCAUCGCAUCCUGCCCGGGGGGGCCCUGCAGCUGUGGAACGUGACCCGGGCGGACGACGGCGUCUACCAGCUGCACUGCCAGAACUCCGAGGGCACCGCCGAGGCGCUGCUGAAGCUCCACGUGCACUAUGCCCCCACCAUCCGUGCGCUCCGGGACCCUACCGAGGUGAAUGUGGGGGGUUCCGUGGACAUCGUUUGCACCGUGGACGCCAACCCCAUCCUCCCGGAGAUGUUCAGCUGGGAGAGGCUGGGGGAAGAGGAGGAGGAUCUGAGCCUGGACGACGUGGAGAUGGUAGCCAAGGGACCCACGGGCCGGCUGCGGAUUCACCAGGCCAAGCUGGCGCAGGCCGGUGCUUACCAGUGCGUGGUGGACAACGGGGUGGCUCCCGCGGCCAGGGGGCUGGUCCGGCUUGUUGUCAGAUUUGCUCCCCAGAUGGAUCACCCCACGCCCCUCACGAAGGUGGCUGCCGCUGGGGACAGCACCAGCUCAGCCACGCUCCACUGCCGUGCCCGGGGGGUCCCCAAUAUCGACUUCGUUUGGACCAAAAAUGGGGUCCCCCUGGACCUCCAGGACCCCAGGUACACGGAGCACAGGUACCACCAGGGCGUGGUCCACAGCAGCCUCUUGACCAUCACGAACGUGUCCGCAGCCCAGGACUACGCCCUCUUCACAUGCACGGCCAGCAAUGCCCUCGGUUCGGACCACACCAACAUCCAGCUCGUCAGCAUCAGCCGGCCUGACCCCCCACUGGGGCUGAAGGUCGUGAGCGUGACCCCUCACUCGGUGGGGCUGGAGUGGAAGCCGGGCUUCGACGGGGGGCUGCCUCAGAGGUUCCAGAUCAGGUACGAGGCCCUGGAGACGCCGGGGUUCUUCUACGUGGACGUCCUCCCAGCCCAGGCCACCGCCUUCACUCUGGCCGGGCUUCAGCCGUCUACGCGCUACAGGAUCUGGCUGCUGGCCAGCAAUGCCCUGGGGGACAGCGGCUUGACUGCGAAGGGGAUCCACGUUUCCGUCACUACCCGAGGCCUGGACCAGGCUCCUGAAGACACAGACCACCAGCUGCCCACAGAGCGGCCUCCUGGACCCCCGCGGGCGCCCCUGCUGCCCGUGCUUUUCGCCGUCGGCGCCCUGCUGCUGCUCUGCGCGGCCUCCUGCGCCGGGGCGCUCCUCCGGCGGAGAAGACUGAGGCGGCUCGCCGAGGAGGCCUCGGAGAAGGAGGAGGAGGAGGCGGGGUCGCAGGACCCGCGGGCCUGGAACGACUACGAGGAGAGUCGGCGCAGCGGGGAGCGGGACACGAGCUCCACGGUGAGCACAGCAGACGGGGAGCCGCGGUACCGCUCCAGGAGGGACUUCAGCCCCCGGCUGUCGCCAACGCCGGAAGAGCUGUCCUAUGGCCGCGGCUUCCUAGAUGGCGCAGAGGAGGACGCGGCCUUCCCCGGACACCUGUAUGAUGAGGUGGAGAGAGCCUACGGCCCGCCUGGGGUCUGGGGACCCGUCUACGAUGAGGUGCAAACGGAGCCCUAUGACCUUCGCUGGCCAGAGGUCGAGUACGAAGCUCCGUGGGCACUGUAUGACGAGGUGGCAGCGGACCUGGGCGCGGCGGAACAGCGCUCUCUGCCCUUUGAGCUGAGGGGGCAUCUGGUGUGAGACUCGCCGGGACACGCCCUUCCUACGGUCGUGGUGCAUGUUGCUCCACUGACCCUCGCCUCCCCUUCCUGCUGAGCCGCUUCAGCGAGCAGCGAGUGACACCAGCACACGGGCUUUUUCGGGAGAAGACGUGAGGGGAUGUGUGCGAGUGACAAGAAGACUCUGCGACGAGCGAGACUCCUUUUAUAGGAAUGAAACUUCUACAGAAAAAAAAAAUUAAAAAAAAAAAAAAGCCGUUUGGAAAAGACACCUGAACAAUGAAAAUCCAUUUUAGGGCUCGCUGUGCUUUCCAAAAGUGAAAUUUUUAGAAGUAGGGAGACCUAUUAAAAUCCUGCCCGUGCUCAGUGGGAGCGUGCGUGCAUGCUUUGGCAGGUGUGAGGUUCUGGGCUGCAGGUUGCACACACACACACACACACAUAUGUAUGGAGCUGGCAUGGCGUCCCACCCCUGUCAUUUCAGCUGUGCAGCAGGCUGAGCCAGAAGAGGCACAAGUUCAAAGCCAGCCUGGGCCACUAAAAACACAGGGGCCGGAGAGACGGCUCAGGGGUUAAGAGCUCUGACUGCAGCUACUGCUCUUGCAGAGGACCUGAGUUCGGUUCCCAGCACCUCCAUCAGGUGACUCCCAGUCACCUGUACCUUCAGCUCUAGGGAAUCUGAUGUUUUCUUCUGACCUCCACGAGCGCCUGCACUCACGUGUACACACCCACCACAUACAUACACACACACACACACACACACACACACACACAGAAAUAAAUCCAACCUGCAUGGCAGCCCACACCUUUAAUCUUAGCACUUGAGAAGCAGAGGCAGAGGUUAUAAGGUUGAGGCUAACUAUUUAGUGAGUUCCAAGCUACAUAGAGAAACCCUGACUCAAAACAAAAAUUAUUUUAAAACCUUCAAAAUUAAAAGAGGGGAGACUGUGGAGGUAACUCAAUGGCGGGGCACCUGCGUAGAACCCCUCAGUGAGGGGCUGGGGUGUAGCUCAGUGAUAGAGCCCCUACCUAGAAUCCCCCAGUGAGGGGCUGGGGUGUGGCUCAGUGGUGGAGCCCCUGCCUAGAAUCCCCCAGUGAGGGGCUGGGGUGUGGCUCAGUGAUAGAGCCCCUACCUAGAAUCCCCCAGUGAGGGGCUGGGGUGUGGCUCAGUGGUGGAGCCCCUGCCUAGAAUCCCCCAGUGAGGGGCUGGGGUGUGGCUCAAGGGUACAGCUCUUACGAAUAAGGCCCUGAAUACAAUCUCCAACAUAGUAAAACAAAAACCUCAGUUCAUUUUGAGUUCAGUUAAGUCUGAAAUACAUACUAAUAAGCAAAACUAGAGCCCGCUGUCAUGUCUUGGCUGUUUUUGUUUUAUUCUCCACAGUCUGUGAAAUGUGUAAACCGACGCUCGAACAGGAGCAGGUUCUGGCGUAAGAAUGUAGAUGUGACGGAAUGAACACCUGUGAGUUCAUUGGUGGGCAGAGCUUAGGGGGCACAUACUGAGGGGACAGGGCAGCUUCAGUUUCCUUUCAAAACAAAAAGGUGCACAUUCGUAGAGACGGAAAAGGAGGAGAUCAAACUCACGUGGGCAGUGGAGGAACCGUGAGUAAUGCAGGAGAAAAAGUGUUGAUGCAUUGACGAGCAGAGCGUGCUGUGCGUCGGCCUCGGGGGCCGUGGCAUUCUAGAUUCCCACUUUGGAAUAAAAACUUUACUGCGAUGUGUGUGCAUGUGUGUGUGUCCCGUGCUUGACAGGGCAUGCCACCAUUCACAUGUGUGGUGACAGGUGAUUUUUUGUGAGACAGGGUCUCACUGUGUAGAUCUUGCCGACCUUGGACUCACGACCCUGCUUCUGCCUCCCCAAUGCUGGAGUUACAGGCGUGUGCUGCUAGGCCUGGCAUGCUUUCCUUUAUUAAAAAUGUACAUCGAUUGGUUAAUUUGUUUGCUUGUUUUGUGUAAGUUGUGGUGAGAGGAGAACUCCUUUUUAAAAAGAUUUGUUUUUAGUUUUAAA